GCAAAAACACUGGCUCUGGCAAAAACGCCAAAAGCGCUGCCAAGGUGUUGGACACAACCGCUAAAUUUACCAGAAAUCGUACUGGGGCUGCGCCUCCCGCCUAACAGCAUUCGUGCUGCCAAUCCCAGCAAUGCCCAGCACCUGGCUGCUGUUAGGGCUGCUCGUAAAAGCCGCCGGUCGCGCGAGCGAUGGUGCUCCAGUCGUUGCGCCGGUCGUCACGUCUCAGGAAGUCGUGCCCGCGACGAGCGCCUACGCCCACGCCUGGACGACCAGCGACGCGCUGCGAGAAGGUCGAGGUAAAGGCUACUGCCUCGCGGCGAAGCGGCCGACGCGCGCGCGCAUCAGCAUCAAACGACGCGGCGACGUCGUGAAGGGCGGCUGGCUCGGCGGCCCGCGCGACCACUGUUAUGUGUUGGCAUUCGCGCUGGAUGAAAAUAGAGCCUUGGCGUUUAAGCGCGACGGCUCCCCAUCCAUCGCAUCUAUCCGGAAGCUGCGCCUCGAUUCGAGUGAUGAGGAAUUGGUUUUGGACGACGUCUCCCUCAAGGCGGGCUCGACGGUGCACGUCUACGUGGCCUCCAAUAGAUUGAGCGGCUCCUGCGCCUUCGACGUGCGCGCGGAGUCCGACGCCGAGCUAGAAGAGUUACCGCAACCGUCCGGCGGCUACCGCGGCGUCGAGCACCCGAUCAAAGAGAGGACGUCAGGCGAACGCGUUUUAUGUGUGGACGGCGGCGGCGCGCGCGGCGUCGUGCCGCUCGCCGUGCUGGCGGAGUGCGAGCGGGAGACGCGGACCUCUAUUAGAGAUCAGUUCGACCUGUUUGCGGGCACGUCCACGGGUGCCAUCGUGGCCUUCGGUCUCGCGAUCGCGGAGCUGCCCGUGGCCGUCUUGCAGAGAUUGUAUGAUGAUUUAGUAAGACUGAUCUUCGGGUCGAAGAACUUGAACGCCCAGCAGCGCCAGAGACGACUACAGGCCGUGCUCGAGGCGGUGUUUGGCGCGGACAGCACACUCCACGGCCGGAAGCGCUCUCGCAGGGCCUUGGCCGUGGCGACGGACGCGUCGACCGCAAGAUUAAGGCCCUUCGUCUUCCGGUCCUUCGCACCUCCGGAGGUCACGGACGACUACCUCGUCGACGCGCGAGCCCACGAGGUGCGAAUUGUGGAUGCUUUACUAAGUUCGGCAGCAGCGCCCCCCUACUUCCCCAUGCGGCGCGUCGACGUCGACGGCGCGCCGCGACGGUUGUUGGACGGCGCGCUCGUGGCGAACAACCCGACGCAAUUCGCUUUGGCGGAGGCCGCGUCGUUGCGGCGCCGGAAGAACCGGGCCAAGGCCGUGGGCAAGGAGGACGCGCAGCUCGACUUGGUCGUCUCUCUGGGCACGGGCUCAGCGCCGGCGCGGGCGACGUCGUCGUCGGGCGCGGAGGUGCUGGGGUUGCUGUCGGCGUUCGCGAACCUCGCGGCCGCGCGUGACUUCGUGAGCGGCAUUAUUGAUUUACUGACGGACACGGACGCGACGCACGAUUUAGUGAGGAGGCAACUGCGGGACACGUGGCCGUCGUCACAACAUCUCCAGGAGCGGUACCACCGCCUGGACGCGGUUAUUGAUGCGCGGCAUCUGGGCCUGGCCGAGGGCGACGCGGAAUGUUUAAGGGAUCUCCGGGCGAUGGCGCUCGACUACAUCAAGCGGGAACGAGGGCUCGAGUGGCGCCACCUCGUCGACGCUUUACAAAGGCGGAGCGGCGGCGGCACGCAGCGCGUCUACGCCGUCGUGGACUUGGAUGAGGAGUCCAUGCAGGUCGCGAAGCCCCACCGCGCGGGGCUCAUGCGGCCCGUGCGGAAGAAGUUCGCGCGCGCGACGGGGCUGCACGGCUUCUUCUCGAAGAAGGGCCGUGCAUAGCAUAAACAACAAAUUACUAGG